AGUUUUGACCGACGCCAUUUUGAAUUUUAAUAAGCCGAUCGGCGAUUCCUGCUGUUUGAUUCAGUUGAGACUGUUCGUUAGAAGGCGGUGUUCGUUUUGUGUUAAUUAUUAAUUUGUUUUACAAACGUGUUUUUGUUCGUGAAACAAUGAAGCUACUUUAUCUAUGGGCGGUCAUUGCCCUCACAGCAUCCGUGUGCGCCAGGACCACGACACGACAGCAGUCAUUGACACCACACAUCACAUCUCUAUCUGAUAAGGACGCAAGACAGAAGGCACGGACUCACCCAGCAUUCGCCAGCGCGGGUCAGCGAGCUGGUCUCGAGUUAUGGAGGAUAGAGAACUUCGAUCCCGUUGCUGUCCCUCAAAAGGAUGUCGGGAAGUUCUAUAAAGGCGAUUCCUAUAUCAUUCUAAAGACCACAGCUGAUAAACGGAAUAAUCUCUCAUGGGAUAUCCACUACUGGAUCGGUAGCGAGACAAGUCAAGACGAGGCUGGUGCCGCCGCCAUAUUGACUGUCGGUUUGGACGAUAAGUUUGACGGCAAAGCCAUCCAACAUAGAGAGAGUAUGGGCUACGAGAGCGCGCAGUUCCUGGGAUACUUUCCUGGUGGGGCUGUCCGGUAUGUCGACGGCGGUCACCAAUCCGGUUUCAACCACGUCGUGACCAACCCUGGAGCCGAGAAGCGACUCUUCCAAGUGAAAGGGAAGAAGAACAUCAGAGUGAGACAGGUUGAUCCCCUCAUCUCCUCCAUGAACAAGGGGGAUUGUUUCAUCCUGGACAUCAAUAACGACAUUUUGGUCUAUGUCGGAGAGAAAGCGAAGAAUGUGGAGAAGUUGAAAGCGAUCUCAAUCGCCAAUCAGAUAAGAGACCAGGAUCAUAACGGCAGAGGGAAAGUCGAAAUUAUUGAUCAAUACUCCAGUGAAGUUGAUAUCCAGAAGUUCUUUACCAACCUUGGGUCCGGUAGCAAGGAUUUGGUUCCAGAAGAAAGUGCUGGCGGUGAUGAUCAGACAUUCGAGAAAAACGAGGAAAAAUCCGUGAUUCUAUCCGAAGUGUCGGACAGCUCCGGCAAGCUGAAGAUAACGCCUCUGACGGCGCCGUUCAGGCAGGAACAGCUCAAGCCGCAGGAGACGUAUAUUUUGGACACGGUUAGCGGCAGCAUCUACGUCUGGGUCGGAAAGCAAGCGACGCAGAAGGAAAAGACAGAAGCUAUGGCAAAGGCUGAGCAAUACUUGGCAUCGAAGAAUUACCCAUCAUGGGUGCACGUAGCGAGGAUACCCCAGGGGACGGAACCGGCUAUUUUCAAGCAAUACUUCACGACAUGGCGUGAUGUCGGCAUGUCACACUCGCGCCUCGUCAGAUCGAUCGAUGACACAUACCUUCAGAACCUUAAACCGAGUUCCGGUAAACAUCUAUACGAAGUGAAAGUACGAUCGAACAACUUCAUAAACAUUGAAAUGAAAGACGAAGUGAAACAAGUGAAUUUAGAAGAAGAUGGAACAUACCUCUUACAAAGCGGUGGUGAUUCUUUUAUCUGGUUCGGAAAGGAGACUCCAGUCACAUCUUUGAAAUCAUGGGAGAACAUUAUUGCUCAAUAUCUUCGAGACUUUCCACAGGACACACCCACCGUGACGGUUGUCAAGCAAGGCCAAGAGCCCGAUAACUUCAUCCGAGCUUUCGCCAAAUGGGACCCUUACAUGUGGCAGAAACAAAAUUCCUACGAAUUGAAUAGAGAAGAAGUUUUAAGGUUUAAUGAAAUCGAAGAUGCAAAAUAAACUUUUCUUAAUACAAGAAACAAUAUGACAAUAUGUGUUAUUUAAUAUUUCUUUUAUAAACUUGAAAUAUUGUUAUAAAAUAAAUACUCAUUUAUAUAAA